AUGAAGACAGUCAUUCUCAUUUCGGCUUUCUUUGCUUUUUAUAUGGCUUUCCCCACCUCAAAUAAUGGAAAUAGUCAAAAUCAAGGAUUUGGACAGAGUAAUGGACAAUUCGACGGGCAAAACGGACGAAAUGGAGGACAAGGUGGAUCACAGGGACAAGGCGGGCAACAAAAUGGGCAACAAAAUGGACAAACUGGAGCACCAAACGGCGGUUUCCAAGGAGGCUUCAGCGGACAAGGAUUUGGUGGACAAAAUGGACCAAAUGGGCAGAAUGGACAGAAUGGAGGACAGAACGGAUUCCAGGGUGGAUUGAACGGACAAGGACAAGGAGGAUUCUCUAACCAAAAUGGACAAAAUGGACAGAACGGAUUCCAGGGUGGAUUGAAUGGACAAGGAGGACAGAAUGGACAGAAUGGACAAAACGGAUUCCAAGGUGGAUUGAAUGGACAAGGACAUGAUGGACUCUCAAACGGACAAAAUGGCCAAAACGGUCAGAACUUUGGCAAUAAUCAAGGACAAUUCGGUGGACAAGGCUUCCAAGGAGUGCUAGGAUCACAA